AUGAUGGGAAAUAUUUGCAAGCCAUAGGUUUCGAUAAUGGAAGAAAGAAAGGAGUUAAAUAAAAAAGUUGAAAUUGAAUAACAAAGAAAAAACGAAAAAGAUAAAUAAGAAAAUAAUUAUGUUUAAAAAUAAGAAUCUAUAAAGGAUGAUCACAAACUCUAUCCAACUCAUUUGGAGGGAUAAAUAAUGAGAAAUGAAAAUAAUCAAGAAGGAAGUAAUGAAUAAAAAAAAAAAUUAUAGGAAAUAAAAAGUGAAAAUAAAAAGUAGGAAUAGGUUAUUGGAACUAAUUUAUGA